AUGGGCGAUCAACAGUUGAACAUAUUAUUUGUAAAAGAAAUUGAAAAGCAUCCUAUUUUAUACAGUUUUACCCUUCCUGGAUACUCGAAGAAAGACGACUCAGAAAAGGCAUGGCAAGAAGUUGGAAAAAUAGUGAAUAUGUCAGUGGCUGAAUGUAAAAAUAGAUGGAAAAACCUAUGUGCUGUUUUUACGAGGCACAUGAAACCAUACAAAAAUGGUUCAGGAGGAACGACAAAGAAGGUGUAUUACCUAUUAGAAGCUAUGCAGUUUACCCUUCCAUACAUAAAGUCAUUAGGUAUGCCUUCAGGAAAUCUGCUACUUCAGCCAAAACAGGAAGAAAUCAAGCUGUUCAAACACGUUGAUGAAAGUGUAAUAUUGCAAGGCUCUUCAUCACCUCAGGAGCAACAGAUUCCACUCGAGCCAUCACAACGAAAGGAACCACUAUCAGAUAUAUCGAAGAGGAAACAUUCCUUGAACAGUGAUUACUCCCAUGCCAAAAAAACUAAAACCAACCAGGAUCAAAAAAUCGAGGGGUUGAAAAUGUUUCUACUUAGCAUGCUACCGGAUCUGCUGAGUAUGAAUGAUGAUGAGGUGCGACAUUUCAAGCGUAGGGCCCUAGAUGUUAUAGAUGAAAUUUUAUACAUUUAUAUUUUAUACAACCCAUACAACUAUCUACCCUGA